AUGCGCUCGAUGUUAACCGGCGACAUCGGUGAUGAGACGGCUCACUUCACUCUCACCAGACACCCUCACAUCUACUCCUUCACCAUGGCCGACACCACCAUUUUUGUCUGCGGGCGCAUCUACAACUCCCCUCUGCUCAGCCAUGCAGAAGCUCCCGUCUUUGCCGACUGCAUGGUCGUCGCCGACGGCCUCAUCCGCUACAUCGGCGCCCAGACGGACCAGCCCGUGCAGGCCGCCAUGACCGCUCCCGGCGCCCGCACCGAGGACCUGUCCGGCCGCUACAUCCUGCCCGGUUUCAUUGAUGGCCACCUGCACCUGCUCAUGGUCGGUCAGGCCCUGCAGAAAAUCAGCCUCGACCACUGCAAAACCCUAGCCGACGUGCGCGCCGCCAUUGCCGCCGGCGCCGCUGCCAAUCCCUCCGCCACGCGCCUCUUCGCGCGCGGAUGGAUGCACUCCAUGACGCCCGAGGGGGUGAGCUGCAGCACACUCGACGAUAUUGAUCCGAGGCCCAUCUUUAUCGACACCAAAGAUUUGCAUACGACGUGGUGCAACACUGCGGGGCUGGCCGAGAUAUGCAAAGUCAUGGGCUUGACGGACACUUCGCCCGAUCCUGCGGGUGGCACCCUUCAGCGCGACGCCGAGGGAAAGCUGAAUGGCGUUUUUAAUGAAGGUGCCGUGUUUCAGGUCAUUUGGCCAUUUGUAGCGACGGUAGCCUCCAUGGAGGAGAAAAAGGCCUCCAUCAGGGAAGCCGUGGCGCACUUCAACAGCGCCGGCUACACGGGCAUGGUCGACAUGGCCAUGGACGACAACAUUUGGGACCCGCUGAUUGCACUGCGGGAGCAAGAGGGCCUCGGCGCCAUGCGCAUCUCGGCCUACUGGCUCAUGAAGCCCAACGACUCCCUCGACGCGAUCCUCUCGCAAGUCGACUACGCCGCCGCCAUGGCGAGCAAGUACAACGCCAGCACCACGCCCGACUGCCGCAUCGUCGGCAUCAAGGUCAUAUGCGACGGCAUCAUCGACGCCUGCACCGCGUCCCUCACCAAGCCGUACUCGACCGGCGAGAACCCCGACUCGCUGUGGUCCGAGGCCGUCCUGCACAAGCUCGUCGCCAAGGCCCACGGGCUUGGCCUGCAGGUCGCGCUGCACGCCAUCGGCGACCGCACCAUCAAAAUGGCCAUUGACGUGCUCGAGGCCAACACCGACGCCUCGCACCGACCCCGCAUCGAGCACCUCGAGCUCUCCUCCCCCGAGGACGCCCGUCGUCUGGGCAAGCUCGGCAUCACCGCCUCCAUCCAGCCCGUGCACUCGGACCCGGCUAUCCUGCGCGCCUGGCCCAGGCUCAUCGGUCCGGACAGGUGCAAGCGCGCCUUUGCGUACCGCGAGUUUGUCGACGGCGGGGCCACGCUGGCGCUGGGCUCUGACGCGCCGACCGCGCCGCACCUGCCGCUGCCGAACCUCUACGUGGCGACGACGCGGCGGUCGUACCGCGAGCCGGAGCUGGAGACGACGGUGAAUCCGGAAUUCGCGCUGACGGUCGCGCAGGCCAUCUCGGGCGCGACGCACGGGUCGGCGUACUCGUGCUUUGCGGACGGCGUGACGGGGAGCUUGGAGGUGGGCAAGAAGGCGGACUUUGUGGUGGUGAACAUGGAGCCGACGCCGGAGAAGCUGAUCAAUGGCGUGGUGGAGGAGACGUGGUUUGAGGGGAGGAGGGUGUUCAAAAAAGAGUAG